UGGACAUAUCGGCUCCAAGAACAACAUAACUUGAAUCCUUAGACAGCAGAGUAAUGAAAAACCCGACAGUUCCAUGGCGACUGCAAACAGCAAGUUGUGGGAUUAUAUUCGAGGUCGUGAUGCGCCGUUUAUAUUGAGCGGUUUUGCUGGACAAGAGGCAACAAUACCGGUUUGUGCUGUAUGGGGAUGUAUUGUGAAUCACGUUUCUCUACAAUCGCCUUAUGACGCUGAGAGGUAUAAGUACUUCACCAUGACACUUGCUGGAGUUUCAGACGUUGCUAUAGUUUUCGAUUUGAUUAUACAACGAUUUGGGUGGAACAAAAUAGGACUGGUAACAUUCAAUCAUAGCGUGAUGUCAAAGGGUACAAAUGUGUUAAUGAAGAAACUAGCUGAAAGAAAUAUAACACCAUAUGCUGAUGUCCUGUUUGAUAGAUCUUCACCAGAGGUUAUUUGGAAACGGUUAAAGGGGAUUAGAAUAAUUGUGUCGUUUGUGCUUCACA